GUUCAACAGAGGUAACAUUUAAAGGCUGAACAAAACAAUUUUAAUACACUAUAGAGCUGAGGUGCGGAUGAAAUUCAAAAAUGGGAACAUUGAUGUUGUUUUUCCUUAGUUUGUGUGUGUUAAUGUCUCUUGGAUCCAUUCCAGAUGAUUAUGAAGAAAAAAGGGUACAUGUUAUUGAAAACGAAGCUGUGAUUGUAUCUUGUUCUGAAUGUGUAGAUGAGGUUGGCGUUAAAUGGUAUAAUAAUAGAACUCUUCAGGAAAUAACUUCAAGGGAAGAAGAAAGAAUACAUUCGCACUCUACUGACCUACUGUUCUUGCCAGCCUUUAUGAAUGACUCUGCAGUCUACAUAUGUGACUGCGUACUAAACAUGAGACGUUAUGCAUUUAUUAUUCAUUUCACUGUGCAUGAAAGAGAGCCUUUCAAUAGCGCACUUCUAUACCUUCCUGUAACAUGUAGAGAAUCAAGUAAUGUAGAAAUCAGAUGCCCUCAUGUGGACAAGUUUAAAAGUGAUAAUUUUACCUGGUACAAGGAUUUUCAGCUUUUACCAAAUGAGAACAGGAAACAGUUAUUCCGCAAAAAUAUCACACGAAAGGAUGAUGGAAUCUACACCUGUCAAUUAACGUGGACACACAAAGGAAAGCAGUUCAGUGUAUCAAGAGCCAGACGCUUAAAUGUUCAAGCACCCUCUGUCACAGUAGACCCAGUUAUUGAGUACCCGCGUGACAACACAGAAGAAGCUCUGUUAGGUUCACUUAAAAACAUCACCUGCAAAGUUUUCAUUGGAUUUAACAUAAACAGUGAAUGUCAUGUGAUGUGGGAAGUUAAUGCCACAAGCAAUGGACAAAUCAACAGAUAUUCACAGCAUGCACUAAGAAGAGAAGAAAAUAACAAGACUAUCUGUAUGUCCAUCUUAACCAUUUAUAAAGUGUCACCUGAGGAUUUUAACACACCAAUUUACUGCAAAACAAAUGAUCUUGAGAAGUGGACAAAACGUUUUAUUAAAUUACAACCAAUGGCGAAGGAUAACAGACUAUUUGUGACAAGCUGCUUUGCUGUGCUGAUCUUCUCAAUAAUCUCUGUGGCAAUGCUGGUCACUUAUUUUAAGAUUGACAUUGUCCUUUUCUAUCGGAAUACAAUUAAGCCAUACAGAGAUCAAAAUGAUAAGAGAUAUGAUGCGUAUGUAAUUUAUCCAAAUGAGAACCUUCAAGAAUCUUCUCAGGAAAAGAUCAGACAUUUUAUUUAUCAGGAUCUGCCAAACAUCCUAGAAAGAAAGUAUGCCUAUAAUCUUUUCAUUUAUGGCAGAGAUGUUCUCCCUGGAGAAGACACUGCAAUGGUAAUCGAAGAACACAUAAUCAACAGCAAGAGGCUCCUUAUCAUUUUAACUCCUGGGACUUCUUUUGGAAUGAAGUCUGAAAACGCAUAUGAUGAACAGCUCGGGUUAUACCACGCUCUUGUUCAUGAUGAGAUGAAGGUGAUUCUGAUUGAGAUGGAGAACUUCAGCUCCUAUAAGGAUCUCCCCGAAUCUCUCCAGCACAUCAUUCAAAAGAGGAAAACGCUGAAAUGGAAUGGAGUGCAGUUGCGGGGUGACAGGGGUCUCUUUUUGGGAUCCCCCUUGGGGGAAAUAUCGGUUGAGACCUAUCAGUUCAAUCUCACCUCCGUGAGGACAGAUCUGCGCGUGUCAAGGGGAUUCUCCUUACUGUUUAAGUUAUAAGCACAUAUCUUCCAUUAAUUCCCAAGGUCCUUUACUCCACGUAGCCCUCAAUCAUGCCCAUGAAUUUGUCUUACCGUUCUUUUAUCCUUUUGAUUUCAUUUAACUUUGCUCAUUUCCAUAGUUUUUCUUUUAUUAUAGUAUUUGCAUUUUCAUUCAUAUAUAGUAUUUGCAUUUUAUGUCUAAUAUUGUAAGUCUGUAUUACAGAUCAUUGAUAAUUGCUAAUAUUUUUACCUUAAUGGGGGCCGCACGUGUGUGGUUUUUGCCACCUCGAUGCUAGGUAUUUAUGCACUGUGAUUCAUUUGACUCGGAAGCACCGAUGAUAGUUUAAAGGACUGAAGCAUUUGCAAUUUGUUUGUCAUUUAAUAAAAUAUGUUUUUAACCUCACAAUUUUGACUGUUGGACUUGUUUCCUGU